GAGGGAAACACUGGGCGAGCAGCAGCUUUAUAUACCGGCGCUAAAUUUAGGGUCGAGUGGGACGCUACGUCCAUCCUGAACGUGUUUCCUCCGCCUCGACAAUUGGUCCAGCCUUUUUCCUGCAAUAUUUAUAAAGUAGGAACUCCUACCAAUCAAACUUGCCUAUAAAUUUGAAACGUUACUUCGAAAGAGAACUUUCAGCCUUACAACUUAAGAGUCUCUGUGGAGGAGUGAGGUGGACCGAGCGCACACAUGUAAAUAUUUACAGACACAGAGAACGUUUAUCGUACUUAAAGCAAAGUGUGGACAUGGCCUUAAGCGAGACCAUUCUACCCUCAAUUUCGACAUUUACAUUUGCGAGUCAAAAGGAGAAAUUUUGGGAAAAUAGGUGGAAAAGCAGCACGGACAAACUCGCGCACUCCGGCUAUUCCAUGGCAGGCGCAGCGCAGAACACGGAGGGCUGUUUGCGCAGGAAAGACGACGAGGACCUCAGCAAGUACCUGGAUCUGGAGUUCAUUCUCGCCAACACCAGCGGCUCAGAGUGCGUCUCAGCGCUAGGGUCUGGUGGAGAGUGCAGUGUGGCUUCGGCAGAUCUGUAUCAGUCUGGGAGCAGCCCCCUCGCCUACACCGUGCCUGAGCAGGGCAGCCCCCCUCCGCCAUACGGCAGCAGUCUGAUGGCGGAUCUGCUGGCGUCGGAGGUGGACAGCGGCGGGUACUGCGUGUCCAGUGGCAGGUUACUCUUGGGCCCCGCCCCUCUCCACAGACAGGGCUUUGUGGACAGUGUCAAAGUGGAGCGGUCAGUGGACGGGUACGCGCCUGUUUUGAGCGGCUCCAAAAUCAAGCAGGAAGGCAGCGUGUCAUGCAUGAUGUCGUUUGAGCCCAGGCUGGCCACCCCCCCGCAGGCUGGGGGCAGUAUCACGCCCCCCCUCACCCCGGAGGACGUGGGGAGCCCGGAGUGCCCAGGGCAGAUGCUCGGCUCCCUGGCGUUCGCACACGCCUACCGCGCUCCCGCCGCGUUCCCCCCCCCACCGGCCCCUCCCCUGCUCUACCACAGCGCGCAGCCGCGGGGCGGGUACGGAGGCCGCCGGGGGGGCCUGCCCGUCCCGCAGCGAGCCGUGCUCACGCCCCCCUCCUCGCCCAUGGACCUGAUGGACUCCAAGCCCAAGAGGGGUCGGCGCUCCUGGCCACGGAAACGCACGGCGAGCCACACCUGCACCUUCCCCGGCUGCGCAAAAACCUACACCAAGAGUUCACACCUGAAGGCACAUCACCGCACACACACAGGUGAGAAGCCUUACCACUGCAGCUGGGAGGGAUGCGGCUGGAAGUUCGCCCGCUCCGACGAGCUGACGCGCCACUUCCGCAAGCACACGGGCCACAGGCCCUUCCAGUGCCACCUGUGUGAGCGCGCCUUCUCCCGCUCCGACCACCUGGCCCUGCACAUGAAGCGCCACAUGUGAAGAGCUGUGUGUGUGUGUGUGUGAGUGUGUGUGAGAGUGUGUGUGUGUGUGUGCGUGUGUGUGUGUGCGUGCGUGCGUGUGUGUGAGAGAGCGCAUGUGCGUGUGUGUGAGUGUGAG